UUGGCCAUUGGCAUUCCAUUUCUGCAAACCAACACUGAAGAUUAUGGCAGAGGCCUGGAGAAGCAGACUCCGUUUCCGUGAGCCAUGGCUACUGCACCACCCCCACCACUGCUACAAUCUUUAUCUUCUCAGGCUCUGCUGGCUCAUCAUCCUGGCCUUCUUUUUUAUGGAGGUAGCUGGAGUAGAAGGGAGAAUGAGCAGCAAGGGAUGCUUGCAGAGGGAGAGGGAUGCUCUCUUGCUUUUCAAAUCCGCCAUCAAAGAUCCUUCCGCCCGCUUGUCUUCAUGGCAUGCCCAAGUAGACUGCUGCGCAUGGAAUGGCGUGGUCUGCCGCAACAGAACAGGCAGCGUUCAAGUGGCCGAGCUCAACCUUGGAAAUCCAACUGGUUACCAAGAAGAGACGGCUUUGAGGGGUGAGCCGCUGCAUCCUUCAUUAUUGUCUUUAACUCACUUGCAAAGGUUAGAUCUGAGUUACAAUGACUUUGAGGGCACCCAAAUUCCACCUCUCGUCGGUUCUCUUCAUAAACUCAGGUAUCUUAAUCUUUCUCUGUCCCACAUCGGUGGAACCAUUCCCCCUCAUCUUGGAAACUUAACUAAUCUUCGACAUCUUGAUCUUUCUGGCUCCGAGUUCAGUGGAACCAUUCCCCCUCAUCUCGGAAACUUAACUAAUCUUCUUUAUCUUGAUCUGUCACUUAAUUAUUAUGUUGAAGGUGGCCACAGCCUAGACUGGCUCUCUAACCUUUCUUCUUUGAUUUAUCUGGGCAUGUCCUAUAUGAAUCUCAGCAUUGCUUCCCAUAAUUUGAUAUCUGCAGUCAACAUGUUACCUUCCCUACAACAAUUAAAUGUAGCUGGUUCUGGAAUUAAUAAUAUCCCUCUUUCUCUUAGUUUCCAUCUCAACCUCACUUUUCUCACGACACUUGAUCUUAGUCAAAACUUCUUCAAUUCUUCUUUUCCUAACUGGUUGUGGAAUCUCACAAGCCUCUCGUCUCUUGGACUUGAGGACUGUGGAAUUCAAGGAACGUUGCCUAUUGAAAUUAGCAACUUAAUUAGCCUCACACUUCUUGAUCUUUCUUCGAAUUUGCUCUCUGGUCCCCUACCUGAUACGUUAUGGAAAUUGAAACAUCUAACAGACCUCGGCCUGAGCUUUAAUUUCCUUGGAAAUUCUUUACCAAUGGGGAUUAUGAAUCUAUCAAGCUUAUCGAGACUGUACCUUGAUAAUUGUUCGCUAAUUGGUCCAAUACCCAGUGAAUUAGGAAAUUUAACAACUUUAAAUGAAUUAUCUCUUGAAUCUAAUUUACUUUCUGGAUUAAUACCACAUGAGAUUGGGAAACUAGUCAACUUAGAGUAUCUUGACCUCUCUAUUAAUUCCUUUGAGGGUGAUAUUACUGAGUUUCACCUUUCCAACCUAACCAAACUAAACACCUUGUCCUUGUCUGGUAUUACCAUUGCAAUAGACCACAAUUGGAACCCUCCUUUUCAAUUACAAGUCAUUGGACUUGGUUCUUGUAAAUUAGGUCCUAGAUUACCUACAUGGCUUCAUUCGCAAAAGUCCAUCGUGGCUAUUCAUUUGCACAAUACAAGUAUAGAGGACAACUUACCUGAAUGGUUUUGGAACUCUCUUUCUAUCGUUAAAUUUUUAGAUCUCUCCAAUAAUAAAAUUAAUGGUACUUUGCCAUCAUCCUUGGAGAAUUUAACUGAACUAGUUAGCCUUUAUCUUGGUUCAAAUUUACUUGAAGGUCCAAUUCCUCAUCUUCCACCCAACAUUCAAUUUCUAGACCUUUCUCUUAAUGCUUUUUCAGGACCACUAUCACCAACUUUAUUCACACCAAAUUUAUAUAGUUUGUUACUCUCACAUAACCAUAUUAUUGGAAGCAUACCAUCCAAUGUAUGCAAUUGUCAUAGUCUUGAACGCCUCGACUUAUCAAACAACAAAUUUUCUGGAGAAAUUCCUCAAUGUUGGCAAGAGGGAACACGUCUUCAAGUUAUUCUUUUGGCAAGCAACAUGUUCUUCGGAGAAAUUCCAAGCUCUCUUGGCAACUUGAUGGAACUAGUGUUUUUGCACUUGAAUAAUAAUAGUCUGAUAGGGCAUCUUCCAUCCUCACUGCAAAAUUGUAAACAGUUAGUGAUUGUUGAUUUCGGUGAUAACAAUUUCUCUGGAAAAAUACCUUUAUGGAUUGGGCAAAGUUGGCAGCAGUUACGCAUUCUUCGAUUGAGCUCAAAUAUGUUUCAUGGCAAUAUUGAUCCACAACUUGGGCAUUUGAGGUAUCUACAAAUCAUCGACCUUGCAAAUAACACAUUAUCAGGGUCAAUACCACAUUCGUUUGGAAAUUUGAGUACAAUGAUUUCGACAUCAGCAAAACAACUUCCGAAUCCGGCCAAUAUUUCAUUGAUAUUUAUAGAAGAUCCUGCUUACGAGGAAAUGGAGAGCAUAACUUUAGUUACAAAAGGAGACAAACUUACCUUUUCAUCGAUUUUGUAUCUUGUGAAGAGCAUAGACCUUUCAAAUAAUGAUUUGACGGAUGAGAUUCCUGAAGAAUUAGGACAACUUGUUGAACUCAACACUUUGAAUUUAUCAAGAAAUCACUUCAAAGGCAAAAUUCCCGAUAGUAUUGGUAGAAUGAGUUCUUUGGAAACUUUAGAUUUAUCCUUCAAUAAUUUAUCAGGUGAUAUUCCUCAAGGCUUGUCACAACUAAAUGCUCUGAAUCAUUUGAAUUUGUCUUAUAACAACCUAUCUGGAAACAUUCCCUCCGGGAAUCAGCUUCAAACGUUAGAUGAUGCAUCCAUUUAUAUUGGUAAUCUUUAUCUUUGUGGAGACUUGAUAAAUAAGAGUUGCUUUCAUGAGAACAAAACCAAUGCGACAAGCGAGGAGCAUGCAAUGUUAUCGUCAAUGUUAUCAAUCUAUCUAAGUAGUACACUUGGAUAUUUUGUUGGAUUGUGGAGUGUGUUUAUCCUUUUACUAUUUAUCAAAAAAUGGAGGUACUCUUAUUUUAAAAAGGUCGUUGGCAUUGUUGAUAAAAUUUAUGUGGCGACCAAGAUAAGAUUGAAUAGAACAGUGAAUGGUUAGUUGUUUUUAGAAAAAAUAAAGUUUACGAUGAAUGUAAUUAUAAGAAGCUUCCAUACUAGAAUUGUGAGCUUUUAUUGUAAGUGUACUUUUAGUAACCAUAUUCUUGUGAUAUUUUGCAAAUGAAACAAUAUUACGAUUGUGCUUUUAGUGUAAUCUAUGACACAAAGAAUGCAGUUAUUUUAUUUCAUUUUAUGAAAA